CCGGGAAAUGCAAGGCAGGUAGAAAAUGCAUUUGUUUAUUUGCUGAAUACGGAAUGCCACUCACUAGCGCACGCAUUCCUUGGAGGGCACGCACAUGUGGCCCAGGAGCUAUUUAUAGAAUACUCUCCCUCUCCGUCAGACAACAAAGCCGAGAUGCUGAGGCACAAUCAGUCGCAAUCUGAGUUUCUAGGAGUACACACACUGAAAUCUUCAUCAUGCAGCGAUCCACGCCAAUGUCCGCCUUUGGAGUUCGGGGAAUGAGCCAGCCGCUGGGCAUCCGUAUAUGUUGCUGUCGCGUCUGCACUUGCAUCAACUUUGGCUUCCUAUUGUCCCGAAUUGGCCUGCUGAAGCUCAUGCAGCUGGGACUGGCCAUGCUCUGCGAGGGAUUACUGAUCAAGUACGGUGUGCCCUAUGCGGAUUCCAUUGGACAGGCGCUGACCAGCUUCUUGGCCACCACUGGGCAUUGCUUCACCACCAACGGGAUACUACUCAUAUGCUAUGCUUUCUCGGAUAAAUCGUACAAUCUCAUAAGGCAGUCCAUGUUUGAGACUAUAUUCAAUGGGCUAGCUAGCUGCAUGUACUUCAGUUCGGCGAGUUACAUGGGCUUUGCGUGCGUGGUGUGGCUGCAUCCGCAGUUCCUGGUGCGACCAGGAUUCUGGGCAUAUCCUGCAAUGACAGCUUGUUAUUACAUGGGCUAUGCAGCAGGCAUUCUGCAUGCCUUGGACGCCUAUCUGGCUUUUCGGCAUUAUAGAGGAGCGCGUUAAGAAGUAAGGUUUAGGAUGGAGUUACAUAUAUAUAAAUACUAGGAUUAAUAUAUAUAUUUAUAUUUAUUUAUUAAAUGAGUUUAUGGGUUAAGGCACAUCU